AUGGAUUACGUUCGUCCUCGUUCUGGCUACCAGCCGUGUGACACCUUCUUCAUUGAAGAUGACUAUCGGAUGCAGGCCGAGAAGCAGGCCAAACAGGAGCACGAUAAGCUCGUUGCUCGUGAGCGGCAAUAUGCUAUGGCCAACCAGCUGUCUCGAAUCACCUGCGCGGAGUUUCGUGACGAUGUCCUGCAGCAAAUGCUGGAGAUGGAUGGCCAAACUCUGCCUGACGUGGAGUCGAUCGAUAUUCAGACCGAAAUCCAAUGGUUCAUGCGUCCUUACCUCCUUGACUUCCUGAUUGAGGCCCACACUGCCUUCCAACUCCUGCCUUCGACUCUGUUCUUGGCAAUCAACUUGUUGGACCGCUACUGCUCCAAGCGUGUGGUCUACAAGCGCCACUACCAGCUGGUGGGCUGUGCAGCUCUCCUUAUCGCCGCGAAGUACAAUGACAAGAAGGAUCGUGUCCCCACCGUGAAGGAAUUGAAGUCGAUGUGCUGCUCUCUCUACGAUGAUGACAUGUUCAUUCAAAUGGAAUGGCACGUUCUGCAAACUCUUGGCUGGUCCGUUGGCCACCCAACUGUGGAUGAGUUCCUCUCAAUUGCCAUCAUGGACGAGCCCUUUGACGCCGAGGUCGAGCACAUGGCUCUCUAUAUCCUGGAGAUUGCCCUGUUCUACCGUGACUUCGUGUCCAAGCCGUCAUCUGAACUCGCCCGUGCUGCAUUGGCUCUCUCUCGUUGCAUCCUGAACCGCCCCCAACCUCGCCACACUGACUGGGCUGCCCAGUAUGACUCGACGACUCUCGUGGGUCUCUCACAGCAGCUUCACCAGCCGUCGACCGUGGUUGCUCGGAAGUAUGCCUCGUCCCACUUCUCUCGGGUUUCCAAGAUCUUGGAGAACUUCCUCAGCCGCCAGGCUUCUUUGGCCAGCUAUCCUCGUUGCACCCCUCCGGUCGAGAUUCCCGUGGAGUCGAAGCCCUACAGCGGAGAGAUGGGGCUUGCUACGCCUCAGAAGUCCCAGCAGCUGACUGCCGUCCCACAUGGAUACAUGACACCACCCAUCACUCCUGAGAACGGGCCAUUCGCCGCACAGGCCCAUAUGGCCGCAAACAAGGAGAUGGUUCGAGGUAUCCCGACCACCCACGGCUGCUCCCCGUCGCCCGCGCCCGAGACUGAGAUGCAGUACAUGCACACCGACGCCUACCAGCAACAGGAAGCCAUGUACCUCGCUCAGCAGUCGCAGCAACUCCCGCCGUUCCCACCUCACUCUCAGAUGGCAAUUGACCCGACCUAUUCGGCUGUGAUGUAG